AUGAUUUUCAAUAGAAUGGCUCAAGAAGAAAAUGAAACCUUCAAUUGCUUCUUCACCAAAAUAGAAACACAAGUUAAAAAGUGUAAAUUUAAAGACAUGGAAGAAAGAAUAUUAAAAGAUAAAAUAAUCAUAGGUAUACGAAAUGAAAAUCUAAGAGAGAAACUAUUAUCUAUGGAUGAACCAAGUUUAGCACAGACGCUUACUUUAUGUAGAAAUAGCGAAAUUAGAAGCAAGCAAAUGGAAACGUUAAAAAAUGAAAAUAUAAUUAAUGUUAAUGCUAUCAAAAACUACAAAAAGUGCCAAACGAGUCCUUCGACUUCCUCUGAAACUUUUGAGUGCAGACGUUGCGACACAACCCAUGGUCGUAAACAAUGUCCUGCCUUUGGGAAAAGAUGCAGAAUUUGUAAUAAUAUCGGACAUUUCACCAAAUGUUGCAGAAAGAGACAGAAAUCGGAACAAAUUAAACAUGGCCGGAAGAGAGAAACGAGAACGAGAGUGAACGUGAUUGAUACAGACAGUGAAAUAUCUGAUUUCACCCGAUCCUCAUCUCAAGACACUUCAGAUGAAGACUUUUUUGUCAAUGUCAUCCUAAAAUGCUCAGAGAUCAGGGCAACAAAAACUAAGAAAGAAGAUUUCAUUGAAACUAUCAAAAUAGGUCGUCAGCUAAUAAACAUCAUUUUUGACACUGGUGCCGAAUGUAAUGUCAUAUCUGAAAAGUUAAUCAGAGAUCCCAGCAAAAAUAUUAAAACUUCGGGUACCAAAAUAAUGUCCAUCGAGUGCGCCGAAGAAGAUGCCCACGCGAUGUAG